GCUCGAGUUGUUACGAUAAUGGAGGGUCUUCGUUCAAGCAAUGAACUUAGCCAGGCGGAAGCAGCCGCUGAACUUGCCGAAAUGCUCCUCCUAGGCAACGAAGAAAGUCUCCCGAAUUUGCCAAUCAAGGAUAUCAUACAUGCUCUCAUUGCACUUCUUCAGAAGGAACAUAAUUUUGAAUUGUUGAAACGUAUCGAGUGCAUCGACGUGGCCGAACAGUCUCUAAUGGCACUGGAAGUGAUGUCAAAAAGAAACGGGAAAACUAUUAUGCAAGCGGGUGGCAUAGCAGCAACAAUAUCUCACGUGGAUUUCUUUUCGGUUCCGUCUCAACGUUUAGCAUUUCAAAUAGCUGCGAAUUGUGCGACAUAUGUGACGGCCAAUGAUUUUCCUCAAGUACGCGAUUCACUUGCUGACCUCACACAGCGUCUCCUCGUUGAGGAUAAAAGAUGUUUGGAAUCGGUUUGUGUUCUGUUCUGCCGACUUGUGGACAAUAUGCGCAAUCAUGUGGAUAAGUUGCGCGAAAUAGCGGGUCAGAAUCAUGCACUGCUCAAAAAUGUGCAGCAGCUGCUCAUCGUACAGCCAUGUGCUGUGGGCCCAAAUACAUUCCAGGCAUUGGUGCGAAUGUUGCGUACGAUGGCCUCAAAAUGUAGCGAUCUGGCUGUAGCACUUAUAGCCUUCAACACCAGUGAAACAGAUAUUAGCCUUCAAAUCAAUGGAAAUGUCUAUAAAAUAGAUUUGCAACGAAUGGUGCAACAGAAUCAAGUAACGGGCAAGGAGCGGCCAAUACAGCGACGUGCUCCUGCCUGCUAUAGCAAUGGUCCGGCACUCCGUUACGAGAGUUUGCGUGUGACACUUCGGAUGAUUUAUCCGGCCGAAGUAAGUAUCUUGAAAAGCAUAUUGGCGACGUUGCCGCUGGCCGGACCUAUUGCUAGUGCGCUGGCGUGCCCACGUGGCAAAGAUCUCUGUGUUGUGGCAUCGGCAUUGCAAUUAACCCAUAUACUUCUGAAUAAAUUCCCUGAUAUAUACAUCUCACUGUUCAGGCGUGAAGGUGUUGCACACGAAAUUGAAAAAUUAUCACGAAUGAAACUGGAAUCGCCGGUCUCACUUCCGCCUGUGCAGUCUUCACCAGCUGUGCUUUCUGCCGAACAGGACGUGGCAGCAAGUUCAAGCCGUACACGUGGCAGUCCAAAAACCCGUACUACAUCCGAACAAGGUGCUGCAGCGACAGCUGCAGCUCCAUCUAUUACAAAGCAGAGUGCAGUAAUAGCUGCGAGGAGUCGUAACAAUACACAAGCAGCUCCUGCUGGUUCGUCUUCGUCAUCUUCAUCGUCGUCCGAAGCUGGGCCCAGCUCAAGCAGUGCUACCAGGGUAAUUGUUUCGCCAAGUGGAGGUCGCCAUCGUCGUAAGGCAUCACCAGAGAGUAAAGGUGAUAGGCAGCAACUGGAGACAGAUGAUUAG